AUGACCCGAUACAAUAAUGAAGAGAUCCGUAUUGUGAUGUUGGGAAAGACCGGAGCAGGGAAGAGCGCCACAGGAAACACCAUUCUGGGAAGCACUGAGUUUAUUUCCAGGUUUACCCCCAGAGCGGUGACUCUACGCUGCUCUAAAGCAUUUGCUGAAGUGAUUGGUAAAAAGGUUUGUGUCAUCGACACUCCGGGGUUGUAUGACAUGAACACUGAUGAAAGGGUAACACGUGCAAAUAUCGUCCAGUGCCUUUCCUAUGCUUCCCCUGGACCCCAUGUCUUCCUGAUCGUCAUCAAACUGGACAGAUUCACAGAAGAAGAAAUGAAGACAGUGCAGAAACUUCAGCAAAUCUUUGGACGAGAAGCAGACAAAUUCAGCAUGGUCCUCUUCACUCAUGGUGACCAGCUCAGAGGGGAACCUAUCGAAGUGUUCUUGAGAGACAGCAGAGAGCUACAGGAGCUGGUGGCGAGAUGCAACAACCAGUACCACGUCUUCAACAAUAACUCAGAGGACCAUCAUCAGGUCAGAGAGUUCCUCUUCAAGGUGGAAAACAUCACACAGAGGAACGGAGGAAAACAUUACACCACUGAGAUGUUCCAGAGAGUGGAGAGGGAGAUUGAAGAUGAGAGUCGACAAAUCAUGGAAGAGAACCGAGAGCAAAUACGCCAAAUGCAGGAGGCACUGCAGAGGGAAACAGAGGCCCGGAAAGCAGCAGAUGAGAACAUGGAAGAGGAAAUGAGGAAGCUGAGGGAGCAACAGGAGAAGGAAGCCAGAUCUGGAGCAGAGAACAGCACUCAAUCACCUUUCUUCCCCCCUGGACACAUCAUUCUCAAACAUGGACUACACUUCCACAGCUAUGCCGACGACACACAACUCUACCUCUCCACCAAAUCCAUCUCCCCCAAAACUGUACCAACCAUCACAAACUGCCUCUCUGCAAUAAAACUCUGGAUGACCACCAACUUCCUCAAACUCAACUGCAAUAAAUCUGAAAUCAUGAUCAUCGGACCCAAAUCCCUCCUCCCUUCCACUCAGAACUUCUCUCUCACUGUCGACAACCACACAGUCACCCCCUCUCAGCAGAUCAGAAACCUUGGAGUUAUCUUCGACCCCACUCUCUCCUUCAAACCCCACAUCUGUCAUGUCACUAAAACAGCCUUCUUUCAUCUACGCAACAUCGCCCAUCUCCGUCCCACACUCUCCACCUCUGCUGCUGAAACACUCAUUCAUGCCGUCAUUUCAUCCAGACUCGACUAUUGCAACAGCCCCCUCUAUGGACUCCCUUCCUCCGACUUACAAAAACUGCAAUACAUCCAGAACUCUGCUGCCCGCCUCCUCACCCACACCCGCUCUAGAGACUACAUCACCCCUGUCCUCCAACAGCUCCACUGA